UUGAGGUCUCCUCGCCGCGCUCGCUUGACCGCCUGCUCCACUGCUCCACUUCUCCCGGCGCCACGCCCUGGUCCCUCUCCUGCAUCGGCCGCCACCUUGACGGCCGCGCCGGCCGACACUUCGACGCCCUCGCCAUCCAACGCUGCCACGGUCCGCCACCCCGCUCCCUGUCUGGGCUACGAGCCUGUGCCCCGUUCGCUGUCUCGCCUGGACCCGGCCGCCUCCGACCUCGCCUCGCCGGAUCCCGCCGCUGCCGGCGUCAACCAGGCCGGAUCUGAGCAGAUCCCGGCGCAGCACCGUCGUCUACAGUGCUUUUGUAGAUUUGAUACAGAGGACUGGUGCUUCAAUAACAAAUCCCCAACAUAUUCAGCAUACAGAUCAAACUCGACAGACACUAGCCAUGGUGACACCCGCGGCGGCAGUCGGGGGCAUGCUCGCCUCAGCCGUCAUCAAAGUGGUGAUAGGACAGAUCACUUCCAGCAUCACUGGCGAGAUCAAGCUGCACAAGAACAUGAGGAAGGAUCUGGAGAAUAUGAAGAUGACCCUCGAGUCGGUGGAGGCCGCGCUCAGCGAUGCCGAGAGGCGGUCUAUCAAGGAAAAAUCAGAGCGUGUGUGGCUGAAGCGGCUCAAGGACGCCAUGAACGACAUCUCUGACAUGCUUGAAGAUUUUGAAGAUGACACCGACCUCGACCUGUGGGUAGCUACGAUGAAGAAGAUUAGGAUGCCACGAAAGAUGAAAAAGAUGCAAAAACGCCUACAAAAGAUAAAAGAGGACCGUUAUAAUUAUGGUGUUCUGCCAGAAACUCGCUGCGAGGAGCGGCAUGUUCCUGACAUCCGGGAAACAGCAGGGUAUGUGGAGGAAGCAGAAAUCAUCUGGAGGACUGAUGAAGAACAGAAAAUCUUGGGUUGCAUAUCUGGGAACACCACUCAAGGGACCACCAUAUUUCCCAUAUGGGGCUUGGGAGGCAUUGGAAAGACCACCUUGGCAAGAUCGGUUUUCAAUGAUUCUCAGUUCAAUGAAUACUCUCGGGUGUGGGUCUAUGUCUCCCAGACAUUUGACUUGAAAAAAAUUGGCAACAUUAUAAUAUCACAACUAUCACAGAGUCAGAACCAGAUAUCUGAUUUGCAUAUGAUUCAUACUCGUCUUCGAGAGCUGUUUACGGGCAAGAAGAUCCUGAUUAUUUUGGAUGACCUGUGGGAGAAGCGGCCUGAUCAACUAGAACAAUUGAAGGCUAUGCCGAAACAGGGUGAGGGGAGCAAGGUGAUGGUUGUGGUAACCACACGCGAAGAAAGCAUUGCAAAGGAAAUUGGUACGGUUGCUCCGUACGGAUUACCUCCCUUCACAGAUGAAAUGUGCUGGGAUAUUAUUAAACGAAAAUGCAACUUUGAAGCUUGUCCUAACAAAGAGCGUCUUGAGCCAGUUGGAAAGGAAAUUGCAGCAAAGUGUGGAGGUGUGGCUUUAGCUGCUCAAUCACUUGGACACAUGUUGAAAUACACACCAUAUGAAGACUGGAUUUCGGUCAGAAACAGUCAAGUCUGGGAACUGUCUACUUCAGAAGAUACAUCCUAUACCCAUGAAGUGCUUGCAUCCUUAUUGUUAAGCUACAACCGCAUGCCUCAACACUUGAAGUUAUGCUUUGCUUAUUGUGCAAUCUUUCCAAAAGGUCACAAAAUGAUUAAAGAUGAUCUGAUUCAUCAAUGGAUCGCUCUUAGAUUCAUAGAGCCAUCUAAUACGUUCUCUACCUGGCAACUCGGUCAGCGUUAUGUUAGGCAGCUUCUGGAAAUGUCCUUUCUGCAACAUUCAAAUGCUGACACCAGAACUCUCGACGAAAGAAAAGAUGUUACAGUGUUCACUAUGCAUGACCUGGUGCAUGACCUGGCAAGAUCGGUCAUGGCUGAUGAAUUUAACUUGGAGGGCCCUUACUGCCGCUAUGUAUGGCGGACAGAAUGUAAGAAACCAUUAAAGUCAUCCACGACUUCACAUGCAAAGCUAAGGGCGCUGCAUAUUGUGGACCAUGCCUACAAAGAAAUUGAGUUCCAUCGUGAUGUAGAUUCACCGGCUAAGUACAUCCAUGUCUUAGAUUUGGACAGACGCUAUUGGCAUGAGUUGCCAGAUUCUAUUGGUCAAUUGAAGCAGUUGAGGUAUCUUAGCGCUCCACUAACCAGUGGUCUAAUGAAUCCAAACUGCAUUGGUAUGCUCUCAAAAUUGAAUUAUCUCAACCUUCAUUAUUGUGGUAUCUCAGCAUUGCCAGAUUCGAUUGGUGAAAUGAAAGGUCUGAUGCAUCUUGACUUAUCAUGUUGUAAGGGCUUAAAAGAACUCCCAUUGUCAUUUGGGAAGCUCAGAGAGUUGCUAUAUCUGGAUUUAUCACACUGUGAUGGUCUUUCGGGGAUACCCCAAGCUUUGGGUGGCCUUGUCAAACUCCAAGUUUUGGACUUAUCAGCGUGCGAAAAUCUCGGUGGGCUGCCAGAAGUCAUCCGCAUGCUCACUGAACUCCGCUAUUUGAAUCUAUCAUGGUGCAUGCAUCAUAUCUUUGACAGCUCAUCAACUGAUCAUGCUGCAAGUUUCAUUGACUGUAUCUGCAUGCUUCCCAAUAUGGAGCAGCUGCACUUGUCUUGCCAAUAUCAAUAUAAAUAUCCUCUUAGCAUACCAGAAAGUGCUACCUGUCUCAGUAAGCUGGAUCUCCAUGGGUGCUACAGUGUUACUCGGAUUCCAGAAUUUGUGGCUAAAAUGGAUACUCGAAGCCUUUUUGGCUUGUUGCCGUACUUUCUGGUAUAUUCAGAUAGUACGGAAUCUAACAGCAACCUUGCCUUGCUUGAGCAUACAAAUCCUGAACGGCUGAGUAUCGUUGGGCUUGAAGGUGUGAAGUCCCUGGAAGAGACACACAUUAUAAAUCUUCGUGAGAAACAGAGCAUUGGGAAACUGAAAUUAGAGUGGUUCAAAGAUUCAAAGAGAUAUGUGGAAGACAUGGAGUUGCUGAGGGAGCUAGUGCCGCCAACCACUUUGCAGGAGUUUGAGAUAUGUGGUUAUAGUAGUGUCAGCUUUCCAUACUGGCUAAUGGAUAUCGGAAAUUAUCUCCCUAAUCUUGUACGGAUGGAGAUGUCUCAUUUGCCAAACUGCAACAGACUACCACCCCUUGGCCAACUACGAAACCUUCGAGUUCUUAGUCUGGGCGAGAUGGAAAGCCUGGAAGAAUGGAACAUAGCAUACUCAUGUGGUGAAGAUGGUGUGCAUGAGCUCAUGUUCCCUAAGCUUGAGGAAGUGUAUAUAUCUUAUUGCCCCAGAUUGAGGAUAAAACCACACCUUCCUAGAGCUGCGUCUUGGAGUGUAGGGAGAAGUGAUGGUGUGCUCAUAUCAUGGGGAGAGAGUGUGGCACACACUGAUGCUUCCUCAUCUUCUUCCCCUGUAUCUACUAGACUGGAAGUUUCAGGCAGCAAAUUGCCUCUGCAUCAGUGGAGUUUGCUUCACUACCUACCUGCCCACAGCGAUUUGGAUAUCUAUGGUUGCAACGAUUUGGCAGGCUCACCAGAGAUCACCCGGGCCCUCCACUCCCUCAAAUCACUGAAACUAAAUAUGACAGACAGUGAAGAACUGGUGGAAUGGUUCGCAGACCUCACGUCUCUUCAGCAUCUAACAUUACGUGAGUACAAGAAGCUAGAGCAAUUGCCUCGUAACAUAAGGCAACUGACACAGCUCGAAUCAUUAUCACUGUGUGGCUGCAAAAGGAUGACAUCACUGCCAGAAUGGUUAGGAGAACUCACCUCUCUCCUGAAACUUGAAAUUCUGUGGUGCCCUGCCAUCACAACUUUGCCAGAGAGCAUACAGCAACUCACAAACCUCCAACAGUUAAAAAUUUACGGCAGCCCAGAAUUAAGGAAGUGGUGUGCAGCAGAGGAGAACAAGGCAAAGCUUGCUCACAUCAAAGAAAUGCUUACAGAAUCUGACAAAGACGAAGCCACUCUGGCAGAGCCAGCAGAGCCACAACACUGUGGAUGCUUGAGAUUCAUGGGGUUUAAGGAGGAUCAAUGAGGACAAAAAUGAUUCCAAACUGUGAGCGCUUACUGAAGCUGCACCUGGGCUGCAGUUUUCUGAAGCUGGUGAAGAUGAGGUCACUCCGGCAGAGACACAACAUUGUUGCUGUUUGAAAUUCACGGGGUUUAAGUAGGAUCAAUGAGGAGGAAAAAGAUUCUGAGCUGUGAGUAACAAUGCCCAACCUAUCAAAACCAUUAGUAGCUUCAGCAGGAUUCUGGAAAGUAACAGGUUCAUUUGACGCUAAAAAAAGGGUAUGCGCGCCGAUUUGAUGCCCACCACCCGGGAUGCUUUCCAAUGAUUUCAUAUAACUUGUUCUUUUUGUACCAUGAGUCAUGUUGUGUGUAUAUGUCUAUGAAUAUAAUUCUCUGAGAAGUGGACGGCCUCUGCGUCUGAUUUUGACCGGAGGUCUGGAGCUUAUGACAUACUAGGAGACUUCUGUGUAUUAAUUACCUUUGGCAGUAGAGAUUGUUCUACUCUGUUGUUUGCUGCCCUUCACAAAGAAAAUGUAUUACAUCCUCUCAGAAAGAGAACUAGCUGUUA